AUGGCAGGGAACAAGGAGAUUUUCUUCAGAGAGUUGGAUAAAUUGGAUAACCUAAGUGAUGGCGAGGAUGUUGCGGACAGUCUUUCUCAGGUCAUGAAAACAGCUCGGGAGAGAAGGAGUUAUACUAUUUCUACUACUCGAGCUCCUGCAGCUCUUGUUACCCCAGGACGUCUCUCCCGGAUCGAGUCAGCUUCUCCUCGACCCUCGCUGGCCAGAAUCGGCGCAAAUGAAACAAGAAUAGUCAAAGAGACGCCAUUGGGGAAGCUGAGUGACAAACAAAACGACAACUGCGAGAUGAAAAGGUCAUGGCAGUCUAGUAACCUCAGAGGUCAAAAGGAACGCGUCACAUCAAAGAAGAGACGAGCUUAUUCUCUCAAGACCGUGCCAGAAUCGCAGCAAAUCUUCAAAGGACUCAAAUUCUUUUUUGUCCCUAACAACGAUGUUGCGCCGGCUCGAAGGAUGCGGAUCCAGAAAGCCCAAGAGUACGGUGCUCUUUGGGCACAGAAUUGGGAGGCAGACGUCACACACGUCAUUGUUGACAAAGAUAUACUCUUUCAAGAUGUUCUUAAGGUCUUGAAGGUUGAUCAAUUUCCGGAAGAAGACAGUUCAGGACAAGCUCAUGUUGCUCAACCUGUGGGUGAAGCCUCAAAACUCCAGCCGGAGGGGGAGACCUCCGAUCAACCGAGACCGGACACUGCCCCAGACAUCUUAGAUGAAUUAAUGGAAAAAGUCAAAGCAGCUUGGAACUUGCCGUUGGAAGCGUCAGACGAUGAAGAUGCUCUCUUAGAAACGAGCUUGGUCUCGUCAGAGACCCCCGACUCGGAGCUCAUGAAAUCGGAUCACAAAAUCCCGGAAUGGCAGAAAAGUUUUGCUUGUAUGCAAAAGCAUGAUGGUAACACUGACUCUUCCAAUCCGAAUGCGAGGACUAUAGAGAUUCUUCAGCAGAUGUUAGACUACUACAGCCGGACAUCAGACCACUGGCGCACAAUCGCCUAUCGUAAGGCGAUAAGUGCGCUUCGAAAGCAACAGAUGAAGAUUUCGACAAAGGCACAGGCCCUCAAUAUCGCUGGCAUCGGAGAGCGGCUAGCUGAUAAGAUCGAGGAAAUCGUUUGCACGGAUCGCUUGCGUCGAUUAGAAAACACAAAUCUUACCAGUGAAGAAAAAGCUCUACAAUUAUUCCUUGGUGUCUACGGUGCCGGUUUUACACAGGCGUCUCGAUGGAUUGCGAUGGGCUACAGGACUCUGGAGGACCUGAGGACCAAAGCGGAUCUGACGAGUAACCAGCGGAUAGGAAUCGAGCGCUACGACGAUUUCCAGCAGCGUAUUCCUCGUGCAGAAGUAGAAGCGCAUGGCAAUAUUGUUCGAGAAGCAGUCCAAGGGGUGGAUGCGGAUAUGGAGGCUAUUAUAGCUGGCUCGUACCGACGCGGGGCUGCUGAUUCCGGGGACAUAGAUGUCCUCAUUACUAAACCUGGUGCAACUAUGGAGUCGAUUCGCUCCAUCAUGAUGGACACUGUCAUCCCAAGACUCUUUGAUCAGGGAUUUCUCAAAGCCAGCCUUGCCACGAGUUCCCGAAGCGAUGGUAGCAAAUGGCAUGGUGUGUCCGCUUUGCCUGGCAGUGAUAUUUGGCGAAGGAUUGAUCUUCUCUUCGUUCCUGGAGAUGAAAUCGGGGCUGCAUUGCUCUACUUCACGGGGAAUGAUAUCUUCAACCGCAGCAUGAGACUUCUGGCGAGUAAAAAGGGAAUGUGCCUGAAUCAACAUGGCCUUUACAAGGACGUGCUGCGGGGCCCGAAUCGCGUCAAGGCGAAUCCUGGAUGUCUUGUUGAAGGGCGCGAUGAAAGGAGAAUCUUUGAAAUUCUUGGAGUCCCUUGGCGGCCCCCAGAACAUCGGAUUUGCUGA